AAAUCUCUCGGACAACCAGCUUUCGGGCGACAUCCCUGCAACUAUUGGAGCACUCAUCCAAAUGGAAAUCCUGGACCUCUCAAACAACCAGCUUGAAGACGUCCCUUCCAGUUUGGGUGCACUCAGCGUGAUGUCUUACAUGUCCCUCUCUUACAACAAGCUCUCUGGACCCAUCCCUGACACCAUCGGCUCCCUCACCAGCCUUACAAAUCUGGGCCUUCAUUCCAACAAACUCUCGGGCGCCAUCCCUCCCUCCAUUGCCUUGCUGCAAAAUAUCAAUGAGCUCGACCUGAGCUCCAACCAACUGUCUGGUCCCAUCCCCAAGGAGAUUGGUUCCAUGGUCGCCCUCACCAAACUCGAUCUUUCGGACAACCAGCUUUCGGGCAACAUCCCUGCAGCCUUUGGAGCGCUCAUCAAAAUGGAAUUCCUGGACCUCUCAAACAACCAGCUUGACAAUGUCCCUUCCAUUUUGGGUGCACUCAGCGUGAUGACUUACAUGUCCCUCUCUUACAACAAGCUUUCUGGACCCAUCCCUGACACCGUCGGCUCCCUCACCAGCCUUGCAAAUCUGGGGCUUCGUUCCAACAAACUCUCUGGCGUCAUCCCUCCCUCCAUUGCCUUGCUGAAAAAUAUCAAUGCACUCGACCUGAGCUCCAACCAACUGUCUGGUCCCAUCCCCAAGGAGAUUGGUUCCAUGGUCGCCCUCACCAAACUUGAUCUUUCGGGCAACAAGCUUUUGGGCAACAUCCCUGCGACUGUGGAAGGACUCAACCUAUUGAAAUCCCUCUAUCUCCACUCCAACAAGCUGUCAGGGUCGGUGCCCUUCUUCCUAACGGAGCUUACAGCGCUCACAAGCCUGGCUCUUGACAACAACCGCCUCACAGGACCGAUUCCAUCAAAAAUCAGCUCCCUUCCAAACCUGGCAGUCCUCACAUUGUCUCGCAACCAGCUCCGGGGGCGCAUCCCUGACUCCAUCAGCAAUCUCACUAACUUAUCCAUCAUGGACCUCCAGCGUAACCUUCUGGAAGGAACAAUCCUUGACUCCAUUGGGGAGCUUUCCAAACUGGUUUAUCUAUCCCUGUCGUCCAACCAGCUGUAUGGCCGCAUCCCCAGCAGCUUCUCCAAGCUAACACAACUCACCUUCCUGGACCUCUCUCGCAACUACCUCGCAGGCCCAAUGGAGCUGCCAACCAUCAACACCCUACGCCUCUCCAACAACUUCCUCUCGGGCCCUCUGCCCGACUCAGCAUGCCAGGCCCGCAAUUUUGAUACCAACUGCUUCACAGUGCCUCCUGGGUGCACCUUGGUGGUGCCGCGGCAGGAAGAAGCAUGCAAUUCGUUCUGUGGCAUCUCCUCUGCUGCACCUUCGUCCUCUGCUGGUGCUAGUGCUGCUGCUGCUGGUGCUGCUGCUUCUACUACUGAUGCUUGCGGGGGAAAAGGAAUUUGCGUUCCAAACAGAGCCAGUAUGAUCCCGAGCUGCUCUUGCGAUGCGGGGUUUGUCAAGUCUGCUGUGAGCAACACCUGUGUUGUACAAGGCGAAGACGGAACCUCUACAGUCACCCAACCUAUUCUUCCACAAGCAACUGUUCUCACAAAGGGAACGCUCAAGGAAAUCAAGGGGGCUUUCACUGCAGCACCAGUACCUCUGUUUGUGUACGAGGCAGGGAAGGCAGCGACAGGGUGUGGAACGCAGUUGGCCUUCCAUGCCAAUUUCACCUUCUCCAUGUCGACUGGAACUUUCCGCGGCGGCAACAAUGGCCUUGCCUUUGUUAUCUCGGCAACGGACCGGGUGGGGACCGGGGCUGGUGUGGGGUACGAUGGAAUGGACGAGCGGAGCAUAGCAAUUGAAUUCGAUACUUUCCAGGACAAGCAGCUUGCGGAUAUGAUCACUCAGCACGUGGGGUUGGACACUAAAGGCCAGGAGACUUCGGUAGCUGCUGUGAAGUCGCCGUUUCCUCUGAACAGCAAGAAGGCAUACACGGCAUGGGUUGACUAUGUGCCUGGAGAACUCGGCACCAUCCAGGUGUUCCUAUCUGCAUCAAUUGUGAAGCCAGAGCAGCCGCUGUUAAAGAGGAGCCUGUCGCUGUGUGAGGUGCUGCAGGCUGGAGCAGAGCAGCAGGCGUUCUUCUUUGGCUUUGUGGCGUCCACCACUGAGAAGCCAUUCCAGAUGCAUCUGAUCCUUAAAUCGGCGGUGCAAACAGGUCUCCCUGAUCCACAGAAGGCACUGGACAACCCAGCCUUAGGCCUGACUCUCUCGCCAGCAUCAUAUGCGCCACCAGGAGCGAGCCCCUUCAUGCGCUACAUGAGUAAGGACUACCAAGUGUCGCCCAGCCAGCCCAGUGGAUGGCGCGUCAGCAGCUCCCACUCCUGGGACUCCAUGCCCUUCCUUGCCUGGCCUGUCAAGAACCAGAAGGACUGCAAUGCAAGCUGGGCGUAUGCGGUGGUGGCGAGUGUCGAAGCAGCAUACGGCAUUGCGCAGAACCAAAAGGUUCCACGGCUGUCAGUGGACUCGCUCUUUAUAAUCAUGGGGCUCAAGACCCCUGCUGCCAAGUGCAGCACAGGGAACUCUCCUGCAGCGGCCUUUAAAAAGCUCACCACUUUGCCCCGUGGAGGACUCACCAGCACCACAACGAUAUUAAGGUACCCCGUCCAAGCGUUUGAGCGGACGCGGUUCAAGGGGUAUGUGGGGCUCAUGCUAGCAGUCAAACGCCAGCCAGUGGUGGUUCAGAUUGAGGCUUCUGUUUCCACGUUCACACAAUAUGACGGGAGCUUCAAGUACCAGGAUCCUGCCUGCUACACUGGCAACCUGAACCAUGCUGUACUCGUUGUUGGGUACCUCAUUUCAACAAGCCAACAAAGUUCGACUCCUCCGCCAUUUUGGAUCAUCCGCAACUCAUGGGGAGCCGCUUGGGGCGACAAGGGGCACAUGCGCAUGGACAUUCAGGGAGGGGAUGGCGUGUGUGGCAUCAACGUGCUGUCUGGCAUCUACCCCAUUGUCAAGAUUGCCAAUGAUUCUUGCGGCGAAAAGAGCUUCAAGGGCGAUGGGGACCUACAGCCAAGCAUGAACCCGUGCGGUCGCUUCUCAUGCCAGCCAAACGCAAAGACUGAGGGCAACACCUGCAACUGCACCAUUCCUGGCAAGGCCAAUCAGCCGUUCGUUGAGGUGGCUAAUGGAUUGGGCUCCAGCACAUGUGCAUAUGUUGACGUCUGCGGUUCUUACCCUACAAACCCUUGCGGCGCGGGCACGUGCAUCAACGAUGGCAAGGGCGCCUACUCCUGCAUCUGCCCUCCCAACUACAUCAGCAGCACAACCAUCGACAACUUCCCCACCUGCGACCCAGCCAACACCACAGCCUCGACUUUGACUAUCACAGGCUCCAACUGGCUGUGCUCUGAUGUUUUCCCUGCUGCUGGCCUUGCAUCUGCUGCUGGCCUCGUAUUAUUAUCUGACUCGCUGCAAAACUCGCCAAUUGACUGCAGCCAGCCUUUGCCUCCGGGAAAGGUGAUUCAGCUGGGCAGCAACUCCCCCAAGCCCUGCACUGCCUUCAUCUAUACCCUCGAGGGUGACAACUGUUCGUCUAUCUCCACCCAGCUAAAACUCUCUGUGGCUUACCUUGCCGCUCUCAAUCCCAGCCUGAACUGCUCGGAGCCCAUUAAGGCAGGCCGCUCUCUGUGCCUCGAGCGCGAUGCCACCAUGGCCUAUACCGUCCCUCAGUGCUUGCAGUAUGGAACGCUCACAGCACAAGAUACGUGUGAGAGCCUGAUGCUGCAGAGCAUGCAGACUGGUGAGGAUGGGUCCGCGGGGACAGGGGUGGUGACUGCAGCCAGUUGGGCUGAGCUCUACCGCAACAACCCCGGCCUCAUCUGCCCCCGCACCACCCCUCCCUCCACCGCCACUGCUGCCAGCAAGACGAGCGUGCAGGUUUGCCUAAAGGCAGACUACGAUUCUUUCAGUGAUCUCGGCUGCAAGAAGGGCAGGCUCAAGCUGGUGUCACCAAACCUGGCAUGCCCAGGUGUUUUGAACUUCUAUGGUGGAGGAAAACCAGGAGGAAAACCUGGAACUGUUGCGAAGUUCUACGAGUACAAUGGGCGAACAUGCUCAGAUACUGUAGGCUCGAGUACAAUCUGUGUGCCCUAG